CUGCCCAUAGGCGCCUUCAAUACAGGGAGCUCGUGUGUCAUUAUUCCCUGGCUGAUUAAUUGGUAGGGGUUCCCAAACGUAAACUUGGUCGCCGAUAUAAACAAGUGUAGACGCACCGAGACGCUCAUAUACCACUACGAUACCACCGCAACUGGAUGGUUAUACCUCUUAUACUCCAUGGUUAUACACUGAGUGACUCAGUGUGAGGAGUAUUAAACAGUGAACUUGGCUUUGUGGAGCAGAUGUGUACAAGCCUGCAUUUUCUGAUUUGGAAUUUAUUUGCAAACAAGCAAAGGAGAUAUAUUAUAGACGUAUUGAAGUACCUGAUUUACAACGAGUAUUGAUUUUCGUGGCCAAUUUGAGCAGCAGAAACUAGAAAAUUUUAUCUUGAUGGUUGUGAUUAAUUAACAUUUCUGUUCAAAUUGUAUUUUUGGUUGUGGUGACCUGGAAACUGGAUGAAUUGUAAUUGGAUUAUUAUUCAUACACCUCAAAGUUAUGAGCCAAGAUGAUGUUACCAUCCAAUUGCCGUUUGGCGUGGAUUGACAACUUUAGUUAAGGACAAGAGAAACAAAUUUCAAACAAAUCGAUCGAGAAGAUCCAGAAGGUCCGCCGGAGUCUGAAGCGGUCAUCCAGGCGAGUUAAGAGCGCCCUCAUGACGCGAGAGGACUCAACAAUAACAGAGGUAGCCAUGGAAACCGAAGACAUGAACCACACCGCGCCUCUGGCCACCCUAGCAACCACCCCCAUCUUGGAGGACAUCAUUUUUGAGAGCAGGGGGCAAAAGAAACGAGGGGGCACCUUCCCCCGCAUGGCCCACUUCGACCUCCCGGAGGACACCCCUCCGGGAUCGCAGAAUGGGACGCUGAAGGCCAAUGGGACACAUCGGCCUCAGCGCCAGAACGGAAGCCUCAAGGGACCUUGGAACCGGAAGAACAGAGGUAAAGGGGUUCCUGUAGUGAAAGAGGACACUGCCAAGGUUCUGGAGAUGUACCUCAAAAGGAGAAGCAAGAGUCUCAACGAUGCGGUUCUCACCAGGGAAUAUUUUGCUCAGGAGAAGAAGAAGCGGGGGAGGUCCGCAAGGAACAAUACAGUGUCGAUCUGUUCGACGCUCAGUACGGACUCCACAGCCAGUGAGGCCCACGUUCAAGCCACAGUGACUGUGCAAACAACAUCGGAUGCAGCGGAUAGGACAGUGUUUUCAAGAGCAAGCGUGACGCAGCAGAGUUUCCAUGAAGCAAUGAAGUGUUCGAUUAUGGAGGAAGGUUCAGCCAUGGAGCAAAGUGCGGACGAUGAACUGUCGUCAUCCGAUGAGCAGUCACCAAGGUCGCGUUCGGCGCCCUCUACGUUACGAAUGCAAGUCAACAGAGAAAACAAGGAAGGGACGGAUACGCUCAAGCUUAAAGACAAGGAGAACGGAACGGCCACUCUCACGAGAGAUGGCUACAAGCGUGAUAGUAAGAAGGAACCGAGACGUAAGCGUAGUUUCUUAGACAAAGCCAAAAACAUCAUGAGAUCACCAAGUACUUCUCGUAAAAUUAUCAGGACACCCAGUGCUGUGCAAAGGCAAGAGGAAAACGAGAAAGAAAGACUUAGGGAAGAAAAAGAAAAGGAGAAAGAGAGACUAAGGGAGGAAAAAGAAAGGGAAAAGGAAAAACAGAGGAAAGAGAAAGAGGAAAAAGAACUGCUAGAUAAGAAAUUGAAGGAAUAUAAGGAAAGGGAAAAGGAGAAAUUGAAAGAAAUGGAAAGGAGGAGGAAGGAAGAAAAAGAAAGGGAAAAAGAAUGGGAGAAGGAAAGGGAAAGGUUGAAGAAGGAAAGGGAGAAGAAGGAAAAGGAAGAAAUGGAGAGGUCACAUACGAGGCAUCAUGCCAGAACUGUAGUCCAUUCAGAAAUGAAAAAGACUGGCUUCACUGCCAGGCUCAAGGAAUCCUUUAGACGGUCAUCGCGAGACCGUCAUCAUCAUAAUCACCAUCGCACCAAAGACCACAUACCCUCCAAACCACCAGAACUCCCUCCACGACCUCCCGAACUCCAGCAACCCAAAGAUGUCAAACCCAAACGAUGGCCCAGCUUCCAAUUCAAACGCAAGUCGCGGAAAAGCGCGUCGACACCCACAGACGAAAGCGGCACAGGCGCAACGACUCCUUCGGACACUGCCUCUAUGGACUUUGAAUACUUUGCAUCACGUGUGGACCAUACACGAUCGCUCAAUGAUGCGGAGCGGAGGAGACUGACAAUCGAAAUGCGUCAAGCGAGGCGGGAAAACUCAGGAAAUGCCAGUGAUUCUCAGAUAUUGGACCGCGUCGCUGGAGCGCAUCCGCCGCUCUCGGAAGCCACGUCCCACGAUUCCUUCGGGUCAUUCGCAUCGUCGGAGGGAUCAGAGAGACCGGAGAGGCCUCGAACCUUGGCGUUCAGACGGACUAGAGCUGAAAGAGCACAGAGAGGAUUAAAUAAUGUGAUCAGACUAGAUAGCACCACGCCAGGUCACGUUAGGAGAGACGUGGAUACUUCCUUCCCCGUGCUCCCGGCAGCGUUGCUGGCGGACGACCUUGUGAGGGACGGAGGAACCGACAGAGGAGCUAACGGAGGUGGAGAAGGAGCAGACCGAAACGUGACAGACUCGUGGACGGAGAGCGGAGAUGGCAGUGACAUUCCAUUCGAGCAACGUAACCAAGCUGAGCGGGAGGAAUACUUCAAGCGUAUCGCCGACAGGCUUGCCAUGAUUGGAGAUCAAGCGUUGGAGGACUACGAGUUCAACGACGGUGCCGCUGGCGCCGCCAGAACGCAGCAGAGACCGGUACAGAGCACAUGCACCGCAGAAACCUACGCUUCAUGUUCGGUGUCUGUGGGAGCUACAGCGGCACCGGGUAUCAGUCAUAAUCAUGCAGCUGAGUAUAUGGAGAUAGGCCAACGGAUACAGACCGAUGUAGAUGGUAUGCAGCUGAGACGUAGAAGCCAAGCCUACUUCCCCGCCAGCAUGGUCAUGGGAGUCAUCGUGAACGACACCUACCAGUCGUUCUGCAGCGCCAUGCAAUCCAUCGUCGGCCAGGACGUUGGGAUGGAGCAGCUCGCCAUCGUCUUCAAGUUCACCAAGGUCGCCGUCAGGGCCGCCAACUCCAUGGGGAAGCAUGCUAGCAGCAUCAAGGAUAACAGUGUCCGGUUCAUCAGCGAUCGUUUCGCCGGCUGGCUGGACAGCCAAGGAGGAUGGGGCUCUGUUGUUACGAGCGAUGAUUCCGAUUCGCUGCACGAAGAAUCAGAGAUAGACUGAAGGCCAGACAUGAAAAGAAGAUCACAAGAAGGAGAGGAAAGAAAAGGAAGAAGGAGAAAGAAGGAAGAGCAAAGGUUGUAAUGCAUACAGUAUUGAAUGCUGCAAGAUUCAACUCAUCAGCGUACAUAUACAUUCCCAAGCUGCGACAAGCAAAUGGUGGCGCUUUCCUGAUACAGCGACAGUUUCUGUGUGUGUCAUCCACUGCCUCUGCUAUGAGCAAUGAGGGCAGCAGACCCAAACUCAGAUUCAGCUUGGUACCCCCUUGUAAACUUUUAAUCUGUUCUUGAGCUGUUUUUAUUCUUCUGAUUAAUCAUACAAAAUUAUUAAAAGAUUGAGUACACUACACAGGGAAGGGUAACAAUACUAAUCAUAAAGUAAUCAUUUGUUGGUAUAGGAAAAAUAAAAUAGUUCUCUGUUUGAAGUCCAUUGCAUCAUUUAAUUUUCUUUUAGGGAAUACCAAAACUAAAUGAAUAUACACUGUAUAAGAGGUUGUUAAAAACCUACAUAUGAUCUCAUAUAUUUUUCACCUCUCAUUUGCUUUACAUUAAUUAAUUGUUUAAGAAGACCUUUUAUAUUAGGGUAGAUUGGUAUUAUCAGUGUUGUACCAUUAAUAGAUCUGACAAAUUACUUUAUGGACCUUUCAAAAUUGUACAUGGUUUCUUUCAAAUGAAAAAAAAAAAUGUUGUUUCUUAAGACUUCUGUGGCAGUCUUUAAUCAUGGACCUACGCUUUAAUGAAGUAUGUUUGAUGCUGUAUUUAAUAAAUGAGAUACAUAUGUAGAGAUGAAUAGAAAAUUACUGAUUGUACACAAAUGCUAUUGUUUUAAAUAGUAAACACAUAUCACUGUUUUAAUGUGAAACCAAUAAACCCAUCAAUUACCAUCCCUUAGUCUCUUUACCUCUCCCACCCUCUCAAACUCUGUUACAUUUUAACUAAGUGCUGUCUUAAUACUGCACCACUGUGCUAGGUUUUUAUAUUUAUUUUGUAUUUCUGAAUUUUGUACUUCAAAUCAUCAUUUCAUCAUUUAAGAAGGCCUUUUGAAUGAAUGCCUCUAAGGUAACAGCUAUGCUGCAUAUUAUUACGAGUGAAAGGGUUGUCUUUUCAUUUCAUGGCCUUGUAUUUUCAUUUUUAUAACUUCUUUGUUUUUAAAGUUUUUAGGCUAUUGGUCAGGUAAUGAAAAAAGAGAGAGCAUUUUGGUUGGUUUUGUUCAAGUUCUGUAGCCUGACACUAUCUAGAGGUUUUCAUUCUUACUGUAGGAAAAGGAACUGGAAUGGGCUUCGAAUUCAGUGAACAUUCGAGAGCAGUCACAAAUUCAUUUUUUAUCUUCUUUUUUUUUAAACCUUGUUCGAAGUCUAAGAACGUUACAUUCAAGCCCGUCGAGUAAUGAAUCCAUGCAAUGUAACGAUUUCUGCAUUAACUUGGUUAAUCGUUUGCAUUUUAUUGACUUUGAAAGAUAUUUCUCGACAAUUCUGGUAAUUGUUGGGUAAUCUUGACAUUCACCUGGCAUUGUUCUCUGUGAGAAUUCCAGUUCAACUGGAAAUUGCAUCGUAAAUCAUUCUCAUGAUGAACUUAUAUAAAUUGUUUGCAAAUGAUUUGAUGACAUUUGUCUUUCUUUUAUGUGUAAUACUUAAAGAUUGUGUCUGUUUUUUGCAUUGAAAGUGAUAGACCAUCACUGUUGAUGUUUUAAAAAAGGUUUACAAGAUUGCAUGAGGCAUUUUAUGUAUGUUCUAGGUCAUUCCACUUUUAAUACAUAAUAUUGAUUAUAAACACAGCUGCAACUAUUUUUCGAAAAAUCAACCGAAGGCAAUUUGAAUGGCCUUGUACGUCACCUUUGGAUACAGUGAAACCUGUCUAUAGCGACCGCCCAAGGGAAACACAAAAUGUGGUCUUUGAGAACAGGUUCCUUUAGUACAUGUUUCAAUGAGAAACCAGUUUCAAGGGAAACAAAAACGGUGGUCUUUGUAGACAGGUGGUCACUAAAGCAGGUUUGACUGUAUAUGCGAAAAUUACAAUGCCGGCAUUAUACAUAAACUGAAUAUGAGUUCUAUGGGACGUACAUGUACAAUGAAUAGGGUAUUGAAAUUGCCAUCGAGUUGAUGUUUCAAAAGUAGUUGCGAUCGUGUAAAUUGUUUGAAGAAAAUGAAGGAAAGAAAAGAUGUGAUAAAAAUAGUGAGUAGAUCCCAUUUGGACAAACUGCAAUGGAUUUGGACGUGUGUGAAUUCUGUGUAAUAACAUAUUGCUAUACUUGGCUAUGUAGUGUAUGUUUAACUUAGUUUCUAUUUCUUUUUACCUCAGAAUUUGUUAAGAACUGUAGGCUGAGUACGACGGUCUUUUCGCAUGAAUAAGUUAAGCAAGCAGUGUAUUGUGCAUUGCAUUAUUUGUGCUAUGUAAAAGUAUGUGAUUGAAAAUCACCUUGCAAAAUUGUUAAAUCUUUAUUUAAUCUACUCAAAUAAUUUUGCGCAAUAGUUUGAUCCAUCAGCAUUUGAGUAUUACUUUAUUUCUGUUUGUUCUUUAUUCUUGUGUAACAUCUGAUAUCAAUCCUGUCUCAUUUUCAAAAGAAUUUAUUAGUAAUUUUUGUAUUUUUUUCAAGUUUUUUAAAUAUUAUUAAUUAAUAUUCAUAUUUUUUAUUCAAUUCAACUGAAUAUUCUGUAUUUCGCUUUCCAGUCGAUAUAUAUAUCGUCUCCUAUGUGAUAUGGAAUUUCAGGGAAAAUUAAUAUUUACAAAUCUUAAAUAUAAAUCUUCAUUUCUCUUGAAGGUGCAGAUACACAUACGUGUAUUAGAAUUUAUAUUCAAUUUCUGUUUAUUUCAAGUCUAUCAAAGCAGCAAACCUCAGCACAUUUUUUUGAUCAUCUCACUCUUAAAUAGCAGCAUUUCAUUGUCUUAUUUUUUGAGAUUGAGAAAUUUAACUUAUUCACUUAGAUGUACUCAAAACAGUAUUCACAUUUAUCACUUUGGUAUUCAACAAGUCUUGCAAAUGAAAUAUUUGCUGUAACUA